AUGCAAUUGAAACAAUACAUUUCUGCCUUAGCCCUCGCUAUCUCUACUGCUUCCGCUGCUUCUGCCUAUUCCAACAGCACCUACCAAGCUUCUUAUCAGAACGCUCCUCUUUCAUCAGUUAACCCAACUGCCGCUGUCUCUUCAGUGGACGCUAAUGGUAACGCUGCCGCCGCCGUCCCAUCAAGUAGCAGCUCUUCCACAUUUUCCGCAACUAGAGGUGAUACAACUACUUUGCAACCACCACAAUCAGUAGUCGCACAAGAGGUUAUUAUAACUCACAGUGAUGAAACAACUACAUACUAUGAAACUUCUACCCUUUACUCUACAGUUUACUUGACAAACUCUAAGUCUAAAUCUGUCGCUGCCCAAGACGCUGCCCAACAACAGAAGGAAAACGUCAUCACCGUCACUAAAACCGACGCCAACGGUGGUGUUGUUACUGUUGUGACUACUGUAACUGUAGGUGCUGAUAGCAGACCAACCGGAACCGUCAUCUCUGAUGGUUCUUCUGGCACUACUACCUCUACCAUUACUUCCACUUUGUUUGUUACUGUUCGUCAAAGUGCUGUAAGUGUCGGUCCAUCUAAUGCCCCAAUUGGAAAAGAAUUGGCUGGUAUAAACUCUGUCAGCAGCUCCCAAUCAGCAUCCGCUCAAGGUUGUGUUCCAGUAACUACCACAGUCACUGAUACUGUCACUGACACCGUAGUCAGCACCGUCACUGCUACCCCAUCUCCUUCUAUUCAAUACGUAACAGUCACUAUGGCUAGUAAUGGUACUAUAGCUUCUAACGGAACCAUAAAUGGUACUCACUUUUAA